AGUUCUUAAAUAUUAAGGCUGGCUUGUGAAAGGCGCUAACAACCAUGUCGAGCAACGAGGUUUUUCAGACACAAUUAUGUACAAUUAUGGAUAUAUUCGUUGAAUCAGCAGUAAGGGAGGUGUCGAGACUCCUAGACGAGUGCUUUGUUGCUGUUAUGGAAAAUGAAGAGAAUAGUUUGCUAAAGAGAGAAAUGACACGCGUGAAUAAAACCAACACGAGAAAGUUUGCAUCAUUCAUGGAGGUGUUGAGUAAAACCUCGACAGAGAAAAUAGCACUGCUAACGUACGUGGUCGAAUCGGAAGUGAGAGUGGUGGAGAAAACAGCUGAAAACAGGCCUCUCCGUCCGGCAGGAGCGAGGACGGAAGAAAAACCACAAAGGGAUGAGGGAUCUGUCUCUGAGUCUAAUCAUCAUGAUGAUCAACCUGACUUUGUCCCCCUGUCCUCACCUGCAUCAGAUGAGGAUUCGCUCCCUCAGUUUCAUCCACAAGACGAGGUUGAUCUUGAACCCCUGGCCCUGUCUGCAACAGACCAAGACAAACGAGACAGGCAGCCAUUCAUCUGUUCUCAUUGUGGAAAAGAUUUCAAGAUGAAAUGUUUAUUGAAUAAACACUUUCGGACCCAUUCAAAACCCUAUAGUUGCUUGCAGUGUGGGAGAUGUUUUAGCUUGAAGAGGCGGCUUGAGGAACACUCCAUGACACAUUCUGGAGAGACACCCUUCAGUUGUGCCGAUUGCGACGCAGUGUUUCGCCAGAAACCUGCUUUGCAGUCACACAUGAAGCGUCACAAAACAAAGACAACGGUCACAUGCACUGUUUGUAAAAAAAAGUUUCUAGGGGAAACAGGACUAGAGAGGCACAAGUGUAUUGGUGAUACACAGAAGACAUUCAGCUGCUCUCUUUGCCCAAAGACCUUCAAGUGGAGACGAAGACUGUUCGAUCAUGAGGCUACGCAUUCAGGGGAGAGGAAGUAUUGCUGUGAAACCUGCGGCAAACUUUUCUUUACCACUUCAACCUUAGCUGUCCAUAAGAGGAGUCAUAUAGAAAAGGAUCAUAGCUGUACUGUAUGUGGCCAACGUUUCAGCGAUGCACCUGCUCUCAGAAAGCAUAUGGUGGUCACCCAUCCUGGAGAAACAAAAGAAAAAUAUUUUGUUUGCGACGUGUGUGGCAAAUGUUUUGGCCGGAAGUGCCAUCUCAAAAGCCAUAUGACUCUACACGGGGCAGAGAAACCUUUUUCUUGUGAUGUUUGUGGAAAAAAGUUUAGUCAAGGUGCUAAUCUCAGCAGACACAAGAGAACUCACACAGGCCAGAAAUUGUAUUGCUGUGACGUUUGUGGUAAAAGGUUCACCCAGUCCGGAACCCUGAAGAUCCAUAAAAUAAGGCACACUGGUGAAAGGCCUUACAAGUGUGAUGUCUGUGAGAAAGCCUUCUUUGAACCUUCCUCCCUCCGGAGUCACAAGAGACGUCACCUUACACUUCAGGAAAAGCUGCAGUCUGGCUCAAAGCUGCAGUCUGGGCCAGUUCAGCCGUCUGGGCCAAAGCCAUAUGUCUGCAAUCACUGUGGUAAAGCCUUCUAUGUGAAAGUUUCUCUGGAUCAGCAUGUGCGUAUUCACACAGGAGAGAAACCGUUCAAGUGUGACGUUUGUGGUGAAGGUUUUAGGUAUCAUCAUUCACUUAAAAUUCACAAGGUCACUCACACAGGGUUGAAACCAUAUUACUGUAAAGUUUGCGGGAAAGGGUUUAUGUACAAUUUCCUUAAAGUUCACAUGCGCACUCACACAGGCGAGAAACCAUUUGAGUGUGAUCAAUGUGGUAAGAGGUUCAGCCAGAAAGGUCAUCUAAAAUCUCACGAGCGUGUGCACACUGGUGUCAAAGCAUUUGUGUGCAAAGACUGUGGGAAUGCCUAUGCCUGUAGACACAAUCUAAAAGUCCACAAGUGCAAGUACAACUGGAAACCAGCUCCUGGAAACAGUGCAGAGGAUUACUGAAGAAACAGGUCUAAGAUGAAUGGCACAGGGCCUCUGAAUAAUAUGGCAGUGUGAAAAUGUUGGUGCUCAAGAACUUACUAAACUAAAUGAAAAAACCUCAAGGUGUUUACGUUGAAAAUGUGACCUGCGUGACAUUCCACCUUAGGAAAAAUCUAAUAUUUUACAAUUGCAGUUAGCUUUGGGCUCUUAAGUACAUUUAAUUAACCUCUAUAGUCAAGCUUUUCUACUUGAAUGUUUAUACUUAAUGAGUGUUAUUGUUUCCCUUUAAUCUGUGUCCACAGGUCUUCCUUUCUUAGAAAAAAAUGCACAAUAACAGAAGAUAAAAUCACUCAGUUAUGGGUGAACUGGGAGAGCGCAAUGGUCCUCUUGACGAACUGGUACAGAGCCAGAUGAUAUAAGGCAACCACAUGUAUCAGCAUUUGGCAACACUUUCUGAACACCCUCUUCUUCCUUUUUGUCAGCUCACAAGAUCAGAAUCGUUCACUGUUUUAAAUACUUAUGACCAAUUUGGUAUGUUUAUUGUUCAAACAAAUUCCACAAUAGAGGCCCUUGAUAGGACCGCAUUAGUUGUCCUAUGACAUGCUCUUCAUUUUACUGCCGAUGGUGGGAACGUUUCUGCUCGCUCGCUUGCUUGUUUCCUAUCGGACAAUAAUACAGAGUGGGAUAAGAGGCCCUCUGUGAUUCCGCCAGCAAGACCUAGCUAGAACAAGAGCCAAUUUAUGCUUUAUCUGAAGUUGUGGUCGGAGGCUACGUAUAGAUGGUGUAACUCAAUUGCAGUGACUCUGGAACAGUGGCAACAACAAAAAUAGGUGGGAUGCAUGCCAGCUAAGCCACAACACUAAACAAUACAUUAAUUGCACUAUAACGGUGGCAAACGGUGCCCACAAACUGUUAUGGCCUACAUAAAGCUGUCCCAACAGCAGACCCAACACCUUACCACUACUACACCUGGCUAUCAGCGGAGCCUUGUCUGGCAGCAAAACAGUUCAUUCAGCCGCAUUUACUGCCUUUUAAAAAAACAUAGCUGAUAUGGCUGACUUGCUUAAACAAAUGUGGUUUCUAUUGACAAUUGAGAUGUACAAACUAUGGCAAAGGGUACGACAAGCGCAUAAGAGGCAAUCUGUAAUUUUGAUUAAGACGUUAAUGAGCGAGCUAGGACGGACGUAGUUAAUAACUUUUUGUUCAGCACUUACGAAAUGUACAGCAACAGAAUUCAGAACAUGGUACAAUGAAAGCUCUUACAAUAUUCAAUGAUUACGUUUCUCAAAAACAGGUUAUAGGCUACGUGUGCAUCACCAAGUCAGAACAGUAGGCGAAAUUAAGAGCUGAAAAUAGACCAAAUUAUUAGGGUGAGGCAAAUGGGCUACUAACAGCUUCCUACACGACAUAUACUUAGUAUUACUUUAUUAGCUACAGUAUACAUAUCUCCCUGGCAUAUUAAAUCAUUUAUGCAGCAGCAUACAAUACAUUUUUGGACUCCCCUUAUUGUGCUGUGCUCACUUGAACAGGAAGGUGGUGCGGCGGUCCUUCGUGGUCAAAUUUUGUCAUCAAAGUCUGGCACUCUGGAUUUAUGGUGCUCUCAAGACAGCUGGGAACUCUGGGGGAGGUGGGGGGGUUGAAUCAUGAUGACGUCUGUGAUCGUCAGGUCGUAGCGCUAUAAAGAGGCCCGAGUUCCCGACUUUACAAUUCCGAGUUGGAUAAAAGUUCAAGACGUAUUUUCAGUCGUAGCUCGUUUUUCCCUGAGUUCCCAGUUGUUUUGAACUCACUAAAGUCAGAUUUUGCAGUUCAGAGUUAAGUUGAGGGGCCUCCCGCAAAGUGCAGCGGUCUAAGGCACCGCAGUGCUAGAUGCGUUACUACAGAUCCUGGUUCAAUACCAGUUAUUUUGAGCACGGCACAACUCAUGCUUCAUUGACAUCAUGGCCAAUGUUGAAUGUUUAUAAUUUUAAACUAGGAAAAGAGACCCUUAAUCUUAGAUUUGGGACCACACAGCCACUACACUGAAUAGCAGGCUAAUGCUUGCUUUGUAACGCUUGCAGUUAGCCACUGAUUCCUUCCAAACCACUCAUUGUUGAAUUUGCGAUUUCUUACUUGUGUAAUGUUUGUCCAAUGGCCGAUGAGCACUGCUACAUUUUAUCUAUAUUUUCUCUUCAUAUGACAAGGAUUAAAAAGGAUUUGCCAGUA